AUGGGUGUCCUCAACUACAACGCUCCUGCUGACUUCGCUCACCCCGGCGGCCCUGGCGGUUUCGGCGGUGGCCCCGGCGGUCCUGGUGGUUACGGUGGUGGCCCCGGCGGCCCUCACGGCGGUCCCGGCGGUCCUGGUGGUGGUUUCGGUGGUGGCCCCGGCGGCCCUCACGGCGGUCCCGGCGGUCCUGGUGGUGGUUUCGGUGGUGGCCCCGGCGGCCCUCACGGUGGUCCCGGCGGUCCUGGUGGUGGUUUCGGAGGUGGCCCCGGCGGCCCUCACGGUGGUCCCGGUGGUCCCGGUGGUGGUUUCGGUGGCCCUGGCGGUCCCGGUGGUCCUGGAGGCCCUGGAGGCCCUGGUGGUUUCGGCGGCCCUGGCGGUCCCGGUGGUCCUGGUGGUCCUCACGGUGGUCCCGGUGGUCCCGGUGGUCCUUCUGGCUCAACGGAGCCAGACAUAUCGAGCUGCAUGCUGUUGGUCUUGCUGGGAAAGGCUGAAGGUCGACUGUUGCUAUUUGCAGAGCAGCUGAGAAUCAUGAUAUGA